AUGGACUACGUACCAUUGCCUAGUUGGUGUAAAGCAUACUCUGAUGUUAAGCUGGAUAAAGAAACGAAUGAAGAGUUAUUUUGCAUUUGUAAGAAGCCAGAUAAUGGUGAUUUGAUGGUUGGAUGUGAUGGAUGUGAUGAUUGGUUUCAUUUCAGCUGUGUGAAAAUUCCUCUCCAAUAUAGAGAACUGAUUGCAGCUUUCUAUUGUCCAUAUUGCCAAGCAGGUAUAACUGGUAAAUCGGUUGAACAACCAUGGGGAAACCAUCCUAUACCUAAAACAAUGUGGAAACGUAAAUGUAGAGUUGAAAGUUGCUUUUCACCUUGUAAAGAGAGCAGUAAAUACUGCAGUGAAGCACAUGGCCAAGAAUAUAUUAAGAAUUUAGUAAAUCGAGUACAAUUAAUGCAAACUAACGGUACAGUGUUGGAUAAAGAAGUAGUACUUACGCAGUUAGUGGAGUUGUCUGAAAAUGAUAGAGAAAAGUUUAAAGCAUAUGGGACAGAGGGUUUCAUAUACCAAGAUGUUAAUAAAGAACUGAACCCUGAGUUACAUAGCAGUUUGAUUGAAAAUGAUUCUCAGCUGAAGGAUUUAGAAUCACAAAUAUCCCAAAUCAAAGAGAAGACAUUACCAAAAAUUGAAAAAAAGAUCCAAAUAUUGGAUGAAUAUAUUCAAUGGUUUAAAGAAGUGAUUAAUGCUAUCUCUGGACUCGGUGGUUCUGAACAAAACCAAGACAAUGGGACAGGUGCUUCGAAGAAAAAGAAGAAAUCAUCAAAAACUCCAAAUACAGUUAAACGUAUAUGUGGGUAUACAUCAGACCUGACCAACCAUCCUACACUAGAAGAGUUUGUUGCAGCUUAUAAUCCAGAAGAAAAGUAUAACUUUGAUAUAUGUAGUAAUCAAAGAUGUCAAAAGCACCAUGAUUGGGCAAAAAUGUUUGGGGAAAGAUAUGAACAAGAAAAAAGAAGCAUAGAAGCUUUCAAUGAGAGAUUAGCUUUAUUAAUACAAAUGAGGAAAAACAAUUACAUAUUCAAUAUUACGAGAGAACAUUGA